GCGGGAGGGGGGCUCCCGCCUGCUCGGCGGCUCGCGCGACUGGUCGUUGCCGGCCGGUGACAUGCCUGUGAGCUGCGGAGGCUGCGGCCCCUAGGUGUCUUAUGGACUAACUCUUCAUUGAUUACACACAACAGCAAUAUAGUUAUGGCAACCUUCCAGACUUCGAGAAACAGUCACAUGAAGACUAGAGCAUCUGUCAGAAAGAGCUUCAGUGAAGAUGUGUUCCAGUCGGUCAAGUCUUUAUUACAGAGUGAGAAGGGGCUCUGCAGUGUCUCAGCGGAGGACUGUUUCAAGCAGGAUGAACAUGCCAAUUUGACUGAGGUCACAUUUCUAGGGUUUAAUGAAGAAACAGAUGCUGCUCACAUACAGGAUUUAGCUGCAGUUUCUUUGGAACUUCCAGAUCUUCUGAAUUCACUGCACUUCUGCAGUCUAAAUGAAAAUGAAAUUAUUUGUAUGAAGGAUAUAAAUAAAUCAUCAGAUAGAAACAAUGGUCCUCUAAAUCAGAGUCAUCAUUCUGGAAUGCUCUGUGUCAUGAGAGUGUCACCUACAUUACCAAGACUCAGAAUUGAUUUUAUCUUUAGCCUGCUAAGUAAAUACGCUACUGGUAUAAGAUGUACCCUGGACACAUACUUGUACCAGAAGUGCCAGCUUGAGACUGCUCAGGAAGAUGAUGACGACACCAACCAGUCCGUGUCUUCCAUAGAGGAUGACUUUGUCACUGCUUUUGAGCACUUAGAGGAAGAAGAGCCUGUAAAGCCAUAUAAUGAUGGAAUAAAUAUUACUGCACUAAAGAGCCAGUGUGAUGCCGCUUCACAGACUUCUUCUGGUCACCAUUUAGAAACCCAUGAUUUAAGGAUUCUGGUUAGCUCUGGGAGGCAGAAGUCAUUGGCUAAACCUUCAACGUCCUUAAUAAAUAUGCUGGGACAGAAAGAACUACCGUCUGUGAAAACUUCAGUCACAACAUUAAUUUCUGAGCCUUGGAUCCAAAAGAGUUUCUAUAGAUCAUCUAAUGCUUCAGAUAAAGGUAGUGACACACAGAAAACGUUUUUUUCUUCUUCUCCUGCCUAUUCCUCUGAAUCCGAAUGCUCAAGUCCAAGUCCUGUUAUUUUCUUGGAUGAAGAAGGAUAUCAAAAAAGUCUAAAAGCAAAACUUGAGUUACCUAAAAUUCCUGUGAUGAAAGAUGACAUAGAGGAUUCAGACUCAGAAGUAAGUGAAUUUUUUGAUAGUUUUGAUCAGUUUGAUGAGCUGGAACAAACUUUAGAGGCUUCUUGUCCACUUCUAAAAGAUCCUGUUGUAGGGAAGCUGUCACAGAAGAAAGGACAUAAACAUGAAAAAUCUUGUUCUGUAACUACUACUAUGAAUCCUCAAAAAUUCAAGUUUGAGCGCCCAGCUCUCCCAGCUAAUGUUAGAAAGCCAACUCCUCGUAAACCAGAGUCCCCUUAUAGUAACCUGUGUGAUGCCCCAGAUUCCCCUCGCCCAGUGAAGGCAUCAGGGGAGGACAGUGGCUUGUUUAGCCCUAUUCGAUCCUCUGCUUUUAGUCCUCUUGGAGGCUGUACUCCUGCUGAAUGUUUCUGCCAAACUGAUAUUGGUGGAGAUAGAAUUCAUGAAAAUCAUGAUUCUAUUUAUUACACCUAUGAGGAUUACGCAAAUAGCAUUUCAUGUGAGGUUCUGGGCUCGGUUCUUCAUACCCAACGUACUAACGCAACAGCAGACAUUAAUAGCAUUAAUGAGGGAGAAAAUAAAACCAUAGCUCUUAACAGCGGAAGCCUUGAUGAAACAAGUAAAUCUAAAAACAAAUCCUUGAUGAUUAAAGAUAGUAUUCAGAAAUUUGCUUCAGACCUUGUGGAAAGAAGUUUUGGCAGUGCAUUUAAAGACUUACAGAAAGGAGUUUCUUCGUGUACCAAUGCGUUGUGCCACCUGGCCAUCAAAUUGACAUCCUCUGUUUUUCAGAUGGCAUUUAACGAACUGAGAAGGCAGUGUGCGUUUUCGCUGAGAGAACGUGCCAUUAGUGGUCUGGCUAAUUUUUUGGUGAGUGAAGCUUUAGCAAAUGCUCUAAAGGAUUUACAGUAUGUAAAAAAGCAGAUAUUCACAAACACAGUCGCUCGGUUUGCUGCGGAUCUUGCCGAAGAGCUCGUUUUUGAAGGCAUCAUGGAAGUGUGUCAGUUUUCCUGUCCUCCAACACCCGCAUCUCCACAGGGUUGGCUAUUUGACUAUGAAGACAAAGCAGUGAAGUCCUACGCAAAAGACUUGUCUGAGUCUGUAAUACAGGAAGCAUUCAUCGAGCUUUCACAAGCUGGUGUGACCUUUGCAACCAAGGCAGCAGUUAGUGUUUCCACAGAUAACAUAAAGGACACGAGCACAGGAAACUUAGCGCCACUGACCCAGACCUCCACGUUUUCCCCUGCUUUUAACAACCAGACUCUUAUGGCGACAAAAGCCAUGCAGGAACAUAAAAAGGAAUACACAGUACAACAGGCCUUGUUUUGUACUUCGGGAAUUGUUACUUCUAUACCAGUGCCCUUGGCAGGAAGUGCCCUGCUCCCAUAUCACAUUUCAUCUAAUAUAUAUCAAUCAAAGUCUCGUCGGUCAUCUGAUGAUAGUAAUUUGAAUGGCAAUUCUACCCAGACACGUGUUACCCCAAAAAACAAAGAAGAUGAAGUAGCGUGUCUCAGAAAUAUUUGUUUAUCCUCAGACCAGAAUCCAGGUAAUCAGAAUGAUUUGAAACCAACUAAUGAUGACCCUGAAGUGCAGAGCUCUUCAAAAUUAACAAGUGAUCCUGUGAUUAUUAGCAACUUUUCGACAGCAAUGGUGCAUACGAUUGUAAAUGAGACUUUGGAGUCAAUGACAACAUUCCAAGGUUUAAAAACAGUUGAUGAACAAACAGAUGGUGUAACUAAAACAGUAAAGGGAAAAAGCCUUCCUUUCUACUCUGAUCAAGCAACAGUGCAACAGGGCGAAGCUAGCAGUAAGGACAUGUUUGCUGACCAAUUAUCUAAAUCUAUUAUUAAACAUUCCAUCGAUAAAAGCAAAUCAACAAUCCCAAGUGUAGGUAAAAAUGCUGAAUGUAAGGAAGACUUGCCUGUUCCUGGAGGAGAGUCACAGUUGGCCUUGGAAAAAUUCCCCAAAUUUCUUGAUGCUCAAGACCACUUAACCCACUGUUCACGUUCAGUAGGAAAGGAAUAUGUUCCAGAAUGUAAAGGUUCUAUAGCUCAUGGAUAUUCUUUAGAGACCCUGCAAACUUGUCCAACAGUUGCGGGUCAGAAACCUGAUUUGAAGGAAGUUGCUAAAGACAAAUCUGUGAAAAAGCAUAAUUUGAAUAAUGCAGCACUUGAGCCCUUCUGUUUGGGGCAAGACCACCCUUUUCCUCAUUCCCAUACUUUCUCCUCUACCAUGCUUACUUGUGUAGACAGUUUGCAUGUGGAAGAUAAACAGAAAAUUAGAGAUGGCAAUGUGAUACCUGAUACUCCUCCAUCUACUCCUCUAGUACCAUCCCAGGCUGGUUCUGAAUGGGAUAUCAAGAAGUUAACCAAAAAGCUCAAGGGGGAGUUAGCAAAAGAAUUUGCGCCGGCUACACCACCUUCUACACCUCACAACUCCUCUGUUGGUAGUUUGUCUGAAAAUGAACAAAAUACUAUAGAAAAAGAAGAGUUCAUGUUGAAACUAAUGCGAUCUCUUUCAGAAGAAGUUGAAAGCAGUGAAGAUGAAGAGCACCCAGAAGUGGAUGUGAAGUCAGAGCACUCAGGGAAGAAAGUUCAGUUUGCAGAAUCGUUAGCUACCCACAUCAUUUCUCUGGCCACAGAAAUGGCAGCUUCCCAUUUAGAUGAUAAUGUCACUCAAGAACCCAAGGUUAAAAGCCCUUCUUUAAAUGUGCAGAGUCAAAGAAGUGUAUCACCUACUGCUUUAAAUCACACAGAGGAAAAUUUACAAAUGUUAAGCAAUUUUGCAGGUGACAUGGCAGCAGAAGUCAUUACGGAAGCUGAGAAAAUCGCAAAAGUUAGAAGCUGUGUGCUUUUCAGGCAGAGGAGGAAUAGUUGUUACGUUGACAGUGGCCGAGAUGAUAGAUCAGAAGCAAAGUUGGAUACGGAGGCUCUAGCAAACCCCAAAGAAGUAGAUCCAUCCAUUCUUUCGUUACCACCAGGUUUUUAUAUGUCUGGUCUGACAUACAAGUAUCCCAGCUGUGAAAGUGUGACAGACGAAUAUGCAGGUCACAUUAUCCAAGUGCUCAAACAGGAAGGCGGUAAUAGUGAGUUAGUAAUGGACCAGUAUGCCAAUAGACUUGCCUAUCGAUCUGUUAAGUCAGGAUUACAAGAAGCAGCGAAGACAGCCAAAACGAAGUGCAGCUUGAAAAUAUUCCCCGUGCAGAGCUCACAGGUGACAGCCAAGAACGAACUCUUAAUAUUCUUAAAUAAAGAACACCACCAAGAAGUAGAUAACGAACGACAAAGUAAAACAAGUGGAGGUUACCUUUGUAAAAAUCAAACUUGUGAACUGACGCUGGAUACAUAUAAACAUGAGUACUCUGAACUGUAUAGUUUCUCAGCCUCUCUUGCUCACAGCAUAACAAGAGAUGUUAAAAAAGAGCUGACCACGUCUAGAGUUGGCUUGCCAAAAUCCUUAACAGAUUCUUGCCUUUAUGAAAAGUCUGGACACGAUGAAGAUGCCACGUCGCACGCUGAGCCAGAAUUUCCUCAGUCUCUUCAGCCUUCCUUGCAGAAUCACAGAUUUCACCACAGUACAGGCAGCUUAAAUGGAGAGAGCGUGGUUCAAGCUAUAGAACAGUAUGCUAAAAAAGUAGUGGAUGAUACUUUAGAGCUCAGUUUAGGAUCUGCAGUUUUCCAUGUGUCUGAGUCCACAAAGGCGGCUAAUAGGGUCACGUAUGCAGAAAAGUUGUCACCUCUUCUAAGUCAAGCCUGCAGAUAUUGUGACCGUAAAGAACUGCAUGAUUGCACUGGAAAUUCAUCUCAACAUGUUUGCAGACAGGAUUCACUUGCUACUAGUCAGCCAGCUUCUAAAUCAAAACUUAGCAGCAUCUAUCAGGAACCUAGAAUUUUUCAUCUUGACGUCCCACAAAUUUGUCUUGGUCUCGAUAAGAAGACAGUGCUUGCUGAGAAGAUAGUUGCUGAAGCUAUUGAAAAAGCAGAGCGAGAACUGAGCAAUGCCAGUUUGGCAGCUGACAGUGGGAUUGGACAGGAUGGUGUUAGCUUUGCUGAAAGCCUUACCACAGAAAUAAUGACAUCGGCGAUGACCAAUGUUGGACAUGCUGUUAGCAGUCCAAAAGAAGUAGAAGACUUUCAGUCCACUGAGUCUCUUGGCAGCCAGCAGCUGAACCUCAGCAUAGGUGACGAUAGCACUGGCAGCUGGUCCAAUUUAAGUUUUGAAGACGAACACCAGGAUGAGAGCAGCAGUUUUCAUCACCUGAGCGAAAGUAAUGGUAACAGCAGUAGCUGGAGCAGUCUUGGUUUAGAAGGAGAUUUGUAUGAGGACAAUUUAUCCUUUCCAACAUCAGACAGUGAUGGGCCAGAUGAUAAAGAUGAAGACCAUGAGGAUGAUAUAGAAGAAAAAUUGUGUCCUUUUCCCCAAGUAAUGCCUGUGAGCAAAGUUGUUCCAGAGGCAGUACCUGGUGUACGUGUGUGUGGUUUGGAGCAAGACCGGAAGGUUCUGUGUAUUACAAAUAUUGACCUGGAGCCGUGCACAGUAGACCCCCAGCUAAGGAUUAUUCUUCAGUGGCUCGUUGCUUCGGAGGCUGAAGUGACGGAACUUUACCUUCAUGACUCUGCGAAGAAGGAGUUUAUACAACUUUCCAAACGGCUGCAAGGAAAGGGGUGGAAGGUGGGGGACCUCCUGCAGGCUGUGCUGCGGUACUAUGACCUGCGAGAGCAGACACCUGGAGAGGAGCGGAGCACGCCCCUGUUUGAUUGGCUCCUGGAAAAUGCGUAGAACGGACCCGCAGCCGGUACAUUCUGUUGUUUGGGGAGAGGCAGAAGCAGAUAAAGACACGUAGGGUAAACUUUGUUAACACAGUGAACGGGGAGGGAAGUAGGGAGAGCUUUUGAAAAACCGCAUUCCGUCGUCCCACGUUGUAUAUAGUUCAUACUUUUGUAAUCUCUAUCAAAUAUGGUCUUCAUUUAUUCUUCAGGACAUGUGUGUAGUGUGUUAAGACCCCAAGAACGUUGAUUUGAAGGCAGGUCUGACCGGGAGGUUUUCAGGGACACGGACUGACAGCAUUCUUUUUGCAUCCAACGUCGUGCUGCUACGAACCGCACCCAGGCGGCUGAGGACGCUGCAGACCAAGGCAAUCCUGUUAGGAACUAAUCUGACAAAAUAGCUUUGAGGCUAAUGGUUCCCCCCUCACCCCCGAUAGAAUUUUUUCUUAUUUUUAAAAGUCAAUUUUAUUUUCGUAGCUCAGCUAAUUGGUAGCGUUUUGAAUCCCCCCCAAACUAUUUAAUUUCUUAGAAACUUAAGUAUUUUAGUUUUCUCUAAAUACCAUAAAUGAUAGUUUCCCCAGGCUUUCGUCAAAUGAUAUUAUUUGCUAAUGUUACCAAUCCAAAUGACAUGGAAAUGAGUGUGUGUGUGUAUGUAUAGAGGACUACUUUAGACUUGCCUAGUCGGUGUGUGCCCUUUUUUAUUUUACUGUUUUCUUGGUUAGAAACCCACUAUUGACAUUAAAAGGUGCUUUAAAAUAAAAUGUCUAUAAAGCUUGUGCAGUAAGAAUGCUUUUCUUUUUUUCUCUUUUCUUUUGUCUUUUUUUUUUUUUUUACUAUUUUGGGUCCCUAAUUUAUCCUGUAAAUGAUAGUAAAGGUAUAAAACAUGUCAAAAUUUUAAAGAUUAAUGUUAAUAUGAAAAUGCAUUUAGAGAAGCCCAAUAAUGAUUUUCAUUGUUGGAUUUUUGAAAAUCAAACAAACAGCUGUCUUCGUAGCAAGGAUAAGCUUUUUCUAGAAAAAGAAGGGAUGCCCAGGCUCCUUCUCCCCUAGAAAAUAGUAUCUGCACUAUUUUGUAGAGUCGACUGACAUGAUAUUUCUGGGCUCUACGUUUUUUACUACUUGGUCUUUAGAAACCGCAAGUUGACUUGAAUAGAGAUUGUGUCUUGGUUUUGAUUGUGCGGGUAUGCGUGUGUGAGUUUUUGGUUCUUCCAUUAACGGAUUUUGUAAUCUACAGUAAAUCACCUUUUGUUGGGGGCUUUGGUUUUGCUCCAUUACGUUUUCUUUUUUCCUGAGCACUGACUGUUUUGGAAGCUGCACAAAGUGUGGAAGACAGAGCACCCACCACGGGGCAAGGAGUAAGGGCACUUAGGUUAAUUUGAAUUAAAUAUUAUGGUAGAGAAAUGUAUUUUAUGAGAGAGUAAAAUUUGCUUUUUAAGAAAAAUACCAAAGCUACCUAAAUAUUUUGAGAUUACUUUGUAAGCUUUGGUUUUUCUCAACUUAAGACACAGAAAUGGAGUGAGCCUUAAAAAUAAAUUUUCCUAAAGUUUCUUCAAGUAUUUUUUAAGGUGGAGAAAUACAGGAAAUGUAUAUAAUCAGAAUUGUUUCUGUCUUUAGCUUCUCAGAACUUGAGAUUUAGCAGCACUGGGCUGGAUUUAUAAAUGGUAGAAAUUGGGUUGUUGAUGAUAACACAGAUUAACUGAUUAUUACGUUUAGAUUGAAUUUUUACAAGUAUAUAACUAUCAGGUUGUGUUUAGUAACCUCGAUACAUGUACGGGUUUGAUUAACAGCAAAAUUGAAUUCUGACUUUCUUUUAAACUAAAAUGAAAAUAGUUUUGUAAAACUUUCUGUGCUUGAAAGUGUUUAUGUUUCUUUCUCUUAUGGUAGUAAUCAUUUUGAAGUAAGAUCUUCCUCCUGUCCUUGUUUUCUCUGCAUUUACCUGGAGCUGUGCUGGAUUCAGAGUUCCCUGAUUUAGCCACGACAUAAGGACAGACCAGUCUUUAGGUGUUAGUUUGUUAGUGAGCAUGCAUGAUAAGAAUCCUGGUGGAACUCUAACCUUGUAUCAGUUUCACACAGGGGAAUAGAGAAAAAUGUUAAGUAUUGGCAGAUGUGAAAAGAAGUGUGAGUUAAAGCUCCUUGUAGGGAGAGAAGUAUCUUUUAAUCAACUGCAGUCUAAACUCACUCUCUUUAAAGGCACUUUGUGAUUAUUCCAAAGACAUGUUCCGUCUUUCUGGUUGCUCAGUCUUCAGAACAGCCCUGUUUGUUGAGCACCAGCCGUCUCCUUUAUUACAGAUCUCCUUGACCUGUUUGUAUUAUAACAUUGUGAUCUUGCCAUUCUGUGCAUUUUGGCCCUUUGAAAUGACCAUGUCUUAUUCAGAACUAUUAAGUUGUGAUGUGCGUUGAGUUGAAUUCUCUGUUGAUCAAUUUUAGAACCCUUGAAGGAUCUGUGGGAAGAAGGUGAAUGAGGCCUGCUGAUAGGGUGUUUUUUUAGAACAUUAUUUUAGACUGAAAUGCGCCAAUUCUUUGAUAGCCUUCUUUUCCCAAACCACAUUUAAACUACAUUUAUAUUUUGGAUAUUAUUAAUGUUGAUUUUGAAAAUAUUUCCUGAUUUAUAUAAAAUGAAUGAUUCAUUUGUAAAUCACAGAAGGAAAUUAAAAUGUCUAUUGGGUGGUUGAUAGAAUUUAAUGGAGUAAUAAAACCUUAGAGAGUAUUCACUCGGUGAAUACACAUGAUAACAUCUUUAUACUUUGAAAAAUGUUCCACUUACCCUUUCAGAUAUUUGACAUGAAUUAAUUCAAUUCAUAACACUUCCAUUUUGCUUAAAUAAGGGUUUUAUGUUGCUGGUUGGAGAAUUUAAUUACUUAUUAAAUGUACCAUGUAUAAAGUGAAAGAUCAUUUACUUACAUGGCUUUGACAUCAGUGCACAUUUCCCAAAUGCAAACGUUAACCCUGCCUCAUCAUCAGAGUCCAGAGUCAGAUGUCUUCUUGGUUAAUUAUUUAGCUAAUAGUAUUCUUUCACAAUUAACUAUCACUUUCCCAUCAGUAUAUUGCUUUAAAGUUUAUAUUUCUCAAAGGAAACUUUCCACAGUUUUAAGAAAAUAUUAAUGCAUCCACUCUCAGGGUGUAGAGAAAAUGCUUCCCAUUUAAAACUCUGCCUACCCGUCACCAGCACAAGACAAUUAGAGUGUUAGUGGGAAUUAUGUGAUUAUACUAAAACGAAAAGUGAAAUGCAUUCUUGUUUUCAUUUUUAGCAAAAGAUCCUGCACGCAUUUACUCACUUACUGUGUUCCUGCUCUGAAGACACAGAUGCAGUGUUGGUCACUCUUGUCACUUUAUUUAUUUAUUAUUAUUUUUUACCAUCCCUGUACAUUCCUUUCACAUGGGUAGGAUUGUAGUUCUAGAAGUUCAUUGUUUGGUUUUUGUUGUGAUGUUUGAAUACUAUGUAAUGUCAGGUUUUAAUAUUGCUGGAUUUGCUAACUUUGGUUCUUUGUGCAGUGUUUGAAGUAAUUCACAUUCUCAUUUAAUAUAUAUAUAACAGAAGCAGCUUUGAGUAAUCGUAGCUGUUUAUUUGUGCAGAAUUACUACAUGAAGAUCUUGUAUAACAGUAUCUUUUUUUGGCUUUUCAGUCAUUUAAUAUGUUCACUUAUCAAAAUUCAGGAUGCACUAUAAUUUUGUUUUUGCAGUGGCUCAAAAUAAACAUUUCAGAAAUUACUUUUGUAAUAAUUUGCAAUUAAUUGUUCUUUUAUCUUUUAUGAAUUGUUUGUCUGUGAUCUUUCCUCUCCCAACUAAGAAUUCUCCAAUAAACUUAAGAGAUGCCUGGC